AUGAUCGAUCUGAGACACAAUGUGAACACAUUGACCAGAGAUCUGAGAGUGUAUUUAGAAAAUCAGGUCAAAAUCAAUCUGCCAGGUUCAGGGGUAGGUUUGUCUCUUGUUUUAGGAUUCGGUGCUGCCUACAUCUGUUAUUAUCUGAACUCAAUUGCAAAGAAGCCACAGCUUAUCACAGGGGCAAAAACGUUAUCUCAGUUUCUACAGAGGUAUUGUCCUGUGGUAACAGAGACUUAUUAUCCGACCUUUUGGUGCUGGGAAGCAAGAAUCCAGACGCUGCUCAGGCCAUUCAUCACCGCCAAACCUUGGGUGAAAUACAGAAAUGAACUUAUUAAGACGCCAGAUGGUGGACAUAUUUCCUUGGACUGGAAUGAUAGUGAUGAGAAUGCAUUGUAUCCUAUCUCUGCUACAAGACCUAUUAUCCUUAUCUUACCUGGACUUACGGGAACAAGUAGGGAAUCGUAUAUACUGCACAUGGUUAAACAGAGCGAAAUACUUGGAUACAGAUCUGUUAUUUUCAACAACAGAGGAGUGUCUGGAGAGGAAUUGUUGACUCCCAGAACAUAUUGUGCAGCGAACACAGAAGAUUUGGAAACAGUCAUUUCACAUGUACAGAAAACAUUUCCACAAGCUCCACUAAUGGCUGCUGGUGUCUCCAUGGGCGGAAUGCUCCUGUUGAACUACCUGGGUAAGACUGGCCAGCAGACCCCACUGAAGGCAGCGGUAGUCUUCUCCAUUGGCUGGAAUGUAUUUGAGUGCACGAUUUCCCUUGAAAAACCACUUAACUGGAUAUUGUUUAAUUACUACUUAACCAAUUGUCUACAAUCUUCCGUCAACAGGCACAGGCCAAUUUUGGAAAAAUCAUUUGACAUAGAUUAUGUCCUGAAGGCAAAAACUAUCCGAGAAUUUGAUGAACGGUUUACAUCAGUGAUGUUUGGUUACCAAACAAUUGCUGAUUAUUAUAGAGAUGCCAGUCCUUACCUCAAACUAAAGUCCAUUGAAAUUCCUGUCUUGUGCUUGAAUGCUUUAGAUGAUGUCUUUUCACCAAGCCAUGCCAUACCUAUGCAAUCUGCCAAACAGAAUCCCAAUGUUGCAUUAUUACUAACUGCACAUGGUGGUCACAUCGGCUUCCUGGAGGGGAUAUUUCCUCGAUGGGCCACUUAUAUGGACAGAGUCUUCAAACAGUUUACACAAGCUGUCUUUGAGCAUAGAGAUGAGCUGAAAAAUACAUAA